AUGACAUGGGCCGAGUCCAAGGUCAGCAUCUUAUGUUCAAUUCAAUUUCUGCAUGCAGCAGGAGAUCAGGAUCUUCCGGGAAACUGUUCCACGAAUGAAGAGGGCCGGAAGACGGGAGGCAAUGCCUUCAUCCAGUAUCGUUCGAAAUCCAUGCUGAGUAAUGACUUUGAAGUGCCCGUCUCCUGGGUCUCUGGGCCUUUCGGCACAUGCAUUCGUGCUUGUCCUGGUUCGAGGCGCGCAUUCGGAAGAAAUCCUGCCUUUCAGAAGCGUGAGGUGAAGUGCUACUCACUGAAUGCUGAGCAGCUUGAGGAUUUCAGAUGUGAGCAUUUGAUGAAGCCUCAGAAGUACAGGCGUUGCCACUGUGGAGUCCUUUCGUGCCCCAAAGACUGCAACGACUGUGAAGAUGACGAGCAGAGGUAUUGGGGGGCUGGAAUCUCCAAUCGCAUAAAACUUCGACGCCCUCAGCAUGUCGCCACCGGCAGCAAAAUCGGCAGCAUCCGCAUCCUCAGCAUCAUUGGCGUCGUCAAUAGCGCAUACUUCAAGUCACUGGUGCAGCGCGACAACUCAGAAUUUGGAGAAAGCCGGGACAGCGAAUUUGAGUUGGUCGGCUGCUUUCCACUAGGAGAUGGGGACGUCACUGGUGAAACAGAAGAGGCAGCGGACUUCAAAUGCCGAGACUGGACGGAUGACAGCGCUGCAUGUCGAAGCGGUUUGCCGUUCUACCGUUUGCAAACGAACCACGACAUGACGCCAGAGCUUUGCUUUGAAUUUUGCAUCGGUGCUGGAUUGGAUCUGUUUGGCCUGGUGGGCGAAGAAUGUCGCUGUGGUGCCUCCCUGCUCAACAAAGACGUGUGGCAGAUGGCGGCUCCACGAACGACGGGUCUAUUGCUACCAUUGGCCAAGCAGCUUCCCGACACAGAAAUGCAAUGCCCUGUUCGUGUCUACCGGUGGAUUGGUCCUUUCGUUUCAGGGGGCUCUGUGCCCGAGCACUUGCAAAUGUUGCAUGUUGGCAACACCAUCUACGUGGAUUCCAUUGUCACUGGAACCGACAUUUCUGAAGAACAGGAGGAAGACGGACAGAUCCCACCGGAGUUACUUCAGAAGUUCGAUGCCGAGAGUCAACAGAUCCGAAAGGAGCGCGCAGCUUCAGGAAUCGAAGACCCUGUCUGGGACAGGCCAUGUGACGAUGACGAUGGUUGCCAAGCGGCAAGGCCGUGGAUCGAACGCACCACUGUAGCUCCAGAGGGCAUGCUCAGCCAAUGGCAAGAGUAUGUCAUGGUACGCUACAAGUUCGAUGCAGGUGUAGACGACACCCGCAAGGAAGCUUUCCGCGCUGCCGCAGCAGACUGGCGCACGCACACCUGCAUCGCAGUGGUGGAGGAUGAUAACGCGGCAUAUCCUUACAUCCUGGUGGGCAUCUAUGACACUGGCAGCUGUUGGGCCUACUUGGGACGACCUUCGUCUUACCACAAGAUCAACCUGGGAUGGUGCAAAACCAUGAGCCACAAAGGAUCAAUGGUCCAUGAACUUGGCCAUGGUUUGGGCAUCAACCAUGAGCAAAAGCGUGCUGAUGGCUCCAAAGAAUAUCAUGGCAAGGGACCACAUCUGGAGAUGUUUUGGGAGAAUACUGGACAGUGGACAAGUCAGUACACCCCUGCCACCAAGACCUACAUCGGUUCUGCAGAUGAUGGUGGAGACGAUCCUCAAAUUGGCUAUGCUCCGUAUGACUUUGAGAGCAUUAUGCACUACUUUCGACAGCGAAACUCCGACCGCACUGUCAACGACGGCUGGUACUUCAACACCAUUCCGUCGUCCGGCCAGAGCCUCGUAGGCAACCGACACGCCUUGUCCGCAGGGGACGUCAAGCAAGCUUUGGAUGCAUAUCGAUGCAGAGCACCAGCCCCUACAACGACUACCACGACUACCACUACUACCACCACAACAACCACCACGACAACCACCACGACAACCACCACGACAACCACCACGACUACAACUACGACAACUACGACAACUACGACACCUACGACAACUACGACAACCACCACGACAACCACCACGACUACAACUACGACAACUACGACAACUACGACAACUACCACACCUACGACAACUACGACAACUACGACAACUACCACACCUACGACAACUACGACAACUACGACAACUACGACCACAACCACCACAACCACCACAACCACCGCAACCACCGCAACCACCACAACCACCACAACCACCACAACCACAACAACGACAACUACCACAACUACCACCACCACUACGACAACCACGACUACGACUACAACUACAACCACAACUACUACAACCACAACCACCACAACGGCAACUACCACCACCACAACAACAACUGCUACUAGCACAACGACAACUACCACACCCACAACCACCACAACAACAACUACCACCACUACCACAACCACGACUACAACUACAACCACAACUACUACAACCACAAUGGCAACCACCACAACGACGACCACCACAACAAUUGCGUCUUCGACCGCAACGCUGGAAAUCCGCGAAGUCACGCUGAGCAGUUCAGCAUGGGUCAGUAUUGACUUCACGAAACCUUUCGCAGAAGUUCCAGUGGUAGUCGUGACCCCAACGGAGACAGGAACUACGGAUCCAGCAUCCAUUCGGCUGAAAGACAUCACUACCUCAGGGUUCUCAGCAAUUGUUGCCAAACCACCCAACACAGCUGUGGGUGAUGACACCAUGACAGUGACUUUCCUGGCAGCUGCUGUGGGGGUGCGCCAAGUUGGAGGACUUUGGGUGGAGGUUGGCACAAAGAGCACCCGCAGAUUGAUUUACAACCGCAAGAAGUGCAAGGCAAGAGGCAUUCCCCGCAAAAAGUGGCAAAAGAUUUCCUUUGCGCAUGAGUUUGCAUCACCGCCAGCCUUUCUCACCAGCAUUCAGACGCUCAACAACGAAAAUGGUCUGCCAGAAACCAGCUCAGAACCUUGGUUCACCGUUGGUGUGAACCGCGUGAAAGAGGCUGAAGCAUGGGUCUCUUUGGAGAUGGCGGAGACAUCAGAGCAUGGUGGCGCACAGGUGGACCAGGAUGAAGUGGUGGGCUACAUUGCUAUCGAAGAUGGUGUCGCGACCUUGCAAUCAAGCACAGGCACGGUGACCAUGGCAGCUGUGGUGUCGGGACGCACCGUUCGCGGUUGGAGCAAUGGAUCAUAUGAUGUGCCAUUGGGCACCGACCUAUCAGUUGGUGCCCCAUUGGCCGUGGCAAGCCAGUGCACACACACUGGCAGUGAUGGUGGCUGGGCACGUGUUCGAGGAGUUUCAUCAUCUGCUGUCAAAGUGGCCAUCGACGAGGAUGUUAACUGCGAUGCUGAGAGAAGCCACACGAGGGAAAUUGUGAGCGUUUGUGCAUUCUCUGGCCCUUUUGUUCUUUGAAAUGUUUAUUUGUCCUGCAUGACAAUUCGAAGCCUGGGCAGUCCUGGAGAUCUGCAAAGUACAGGAACAAGGCGCUUUGCAUCAGAAGAUCUCAGAAGAUCUCAGAAGGUUCUUUCUGGGUCUGCCAGGGCUAAAAUUUGCUCAGAAGCAUUAGGUCGAGUCAGCACCAGCGAACCCAAAGGUUGCUCCCCUGAGCCUGUUUGAAAGCUGUGCUGAGAUACUGUGGCUUCUGAUUCAAUUCUAGUUGCAACCCAGAGAAUUUCAAACCUGGUGAUAAUACAAGAAAGCAGCCACCUACACCCGUCACAACGCUGGGGAGGUGCUGCGGAUGUCUAGAUCCAUCUGCCUAGGUUGUGGCCACUGCACAGUGGCCUGGCUCUACAUGAGCAGCUUUGGCUAAAUGUAGAGGUGUUUGAAUCCCGGCAUUGGAUGAUGAUUAGUGUCCCUCGAGCGAGCUACACUAUCCAAACCCUCUCAAUCCAUGAAGGGGUGGACCUACCUUGACCAGUCAGACCAAUGCUCGUCUGACUGCAAAAGUCU